AUGCCUAAACCAUCUGGAGCAGCAGCAUCUUAUUUUAUUGAUGUAACUAAAAUGCUGUCGAACAUCUCUAAUAAUGAAGAACAAGGAAAAACAGGAGGAUCAGAAACAAAAGAAAAAUUAAAUCAAAUCGGUCAAGUAUUAAACCUGAGUAAUAUUCAAUUGAAAGGGUGUGAGCAUCCAACAGAUAUCACAAAAAGUUGUCGUGGUAUUAUUAAACAUUUAUACCCUGAUUUUGAAGCAAGAACGAAAAUGCUCAUUUCCUUAUUACCAAUUGAAAAACUUCAUGGUAUAUGUAACUACAUUAAAAUUAUUCAUCCUAGUCAAUGUAGCAUAUCAACACAUACAUUGAAUAAUGCAAUUGGAAACGUCUUUUCAGCUAAAAGAAAGAAAAAAAAUGAUUCAGCAAAGCAAUAG